GAACUCUCACCUCAGACGCUGAGCCCGUUGACGCGUCUCUCGCCACCUUGAAUCAAUCUCCCUAGCACUGCGUCAGAGGAUGGCGUUCCAGUUCCCUUUUCCCUUCUCUCUGCAGGGCGCUCUGCGCCCCGGUCUGUUCAUUGUCUCGAUGUGCAAUGACAGCGGAUGUAUCCACAGUCGCACUUGCCCCAUGACCUUUCAUCAACAACCUUUGGUCAGCGAUCCCGUCCAGAUACACGCGCCAAAUGGAAUUCCUGUCGUGCAGGCGAAGCAGAGAAAAUCCUCAGUGUCCAUCAAGGUCUGUCACUUCCAUCGCCAGAACCGAUGCACCAAGGGCGAACAUUGUCCGUAUUCGCAUGCCGAGCCAUCGAUGUCGAGCAGUGCUGCGGAUGUGGCCUCCGGAUCCCAGACGAAACCAGAAUCAGAUGGUACUCCAGAGAUCAAGACCGAGGAAGACUCGCAGGAUCUGGGCAGAGGGACUGAGUCUGCGCAAGAUGGAGGAGAUGACCUCAAUGGCCCUGUAUCGGGGCCAUCUCCUGAUGCGAAUGAACGUCUCGACGCUGCUCGACAUUCUCCAACGCUUACAGCUCCUCUUGAGAACACAGUGGACGAUAUCUGGCAACAAGAGACAGUCCCGUCUUCAGAACCUGCGCCUGAGGUCGAGUCUGCUUUUCUGGAGGCUGCUGACGCGCCAGAUGGUCCAUCAACAGAUACCAUGCCAGAUCCGCGAGCCCCGUGCAAAUUUUUCUUGCAGGGGGCAUGCACCAGUGGCACUCACUGUCGGUUCAAACACGAAACGGACCCUGAGCCUAAGCUUCAACGCUGCUUAUGGUUUCCCAGCGGGAACUGCUUGAAAGGCGACGCCUGUCCAUUCUCCCACGACCUCGGUGCUGCAUCCGAAGCCUCUGAAAACGACCCGCGCAAGACUCAGUGCAAAUUCUUCGCAGCCGGUCAUUGCGGUCGGGGGAAGAAAUGCCUGUUUCUUCACGGAGAUCCGACAAAUGAAGUCUGUCGGGCUUUCAUGCGCGGUGAAGUGUGCCCCUUCGGUAACGAGUGCCGCUUUAGCCACGACGCGGAGGCGCUGCAAAGCCAAGAAUCCAACACAGAAGAGAUCGCGUCGGGAUCUUGGUGGGAACAGGAGAACGACCAGAGUGGGGGAUGGGGUGAUACUGCAUCAACAUGGGCGACUGAAGGAGACAGCAAGGGAGCUGAGAAAUCCUGGGAAACACCUUGGCCGGAGGAACCGCCUGUCAGCAUCAUCAAGAGCCGAAGACAUUGCAUAUUCUUCGGGCAAGGAUAUUGCAAAGAGGGCGACAGAUGCCGACAUAGACACGAUCGAAACACAGAGCCAGAGCCUGUGCAACCUGUUGUGAGUAAAUCGUUGUCGGCAGGAGAAGAAACGAUGGAAUCGGUUGCUCUGCGGACGAUUUACAACUGUUCCGUCGAAUUCGGACCCGGGGCGAGCGCCCACAUCCAAAAUACGGCCUUUGAAUCCAGGACUGUCGUUUUGUCCCACUUUCCCUCCGGCACCAACGUGGAUGACUUGGCUGCAUUUGUUGAACCCCACGGUACGAUCACGAAUCGUGUUAUCCGACUUGUUGGAGGGCGCCUGAAUGCGUAUUUUGACCUGGAGAAUGCACAGCAAGCGUUGACCGCAAGAGCCCAUCUCAACGGCUUGGUGAUUGAGGACAAGAUCGUAGCUGCCGAACUUGAAUGCGAUGGGAAACUGGGGGGCUCAGUGCACGAGCCAGGAACACCGCGGCAUCUGAAACUUGUAUGGGAUGCACCGAGUACCAUCGCAUGGGCCUUUUACCGGACAGUCUCCAAGGCGAAGGAAGCGGCGGCUGCGCUGGAUGGAUUGACCGUUGGAGAGCGCAAGAUCGUCGCUAAAUACCGCUCCCAGUCGCGUGGUCAGCAGGACCGCGUGCCUGUUCUGCUCGAGAAUCUUCCUGCGCAAGUCUCCCGGGAGGAGCUCACCUCAAUCUGCGAACACACAGGUCCUACCUCGAUCAACCCGAGCGAGCCAAACUACACGCAAUCUCCCGAGCACGACAUCCGCACACUUCUUGAACAGCUGGGGGUUGUCACCUUGUUUGAGCUCAUGCCAACUUUGCCAUCCGAGAGCAAAGUCACGGCAUUCGCCGAGUUUCUUUCUCCCUCCACGAUCGCAAAAGCUACGGCCUACUUGAAGGGCAGAAAACACCCGUUCUUGGGUGACCGUGAUAUCAAAACUCAGGCCGUCUUCUUUUCCAGAUACACACUGCCCGAGAGCCAUUUUCCUUUCGGGCUCAUCCGGGAUGCCGUAAACGGCUGCGACCUGGGCAACAAUGUUCGCUGUUACGACGAGACACGGACCGUGCUUCUGUUCCAUCGAGAUUCUGCGGACGCAGCCAAGCUGCGGGAAACGGUCCAAGCACUCGUUUUGGGGGCAGAGAUUCCCUUUCCGGAUCCGUAUUUUUCGAUGGCAAGCAGCGACGGGCCUCUCCAGCGGCUGAACGACAAAGAUCCAGCCGUUUUCAUUCGCUGUGACAGACGCUGUCGCGUCCUUCGCAUCUGGGGAGACCGGUCAAAAGCCGAGGCGCAGAUUGCAAAGCUGCUGAAGACCGUGAACGAGCAGCGAUGCGUACUCGACAUAUCUGAUGUGAUCUCCCACCUUGCGACAGGAGGAGGGGGCCUGCAGAGCCUGCAGGCCCAGUGCGGUUCUACGAAGAUCACGUGCGAUAUUCGCUCCAAGACGCUGACCGUAUUGGGCGAGCAGAAAAUGCGAGACGAGGUCAGUGCCGCAGUGCUCAGCUGGGGGCUUCGAGAGUCGCUCCCGCCGGGCGACUGCAUGCUGUGUCGCACUGAUCCGACCCACCCUGUGGAGCUUCCCUGUGGACAUCGCUACUGCUCUGGUUGCCUGGACAUUCUCCUGUCGCCGGCGUGCGAUUUCGCGCCCUACUGCUGCGACUGUUCAGCGGAGAUCCCGCUGUCCCUGAUAGUAGCGUGUCUGCCCCCCGAAGAAUGCGAGCGAGCCUUCGAGGGGUCCCUGCUCAGUCUCGUCCGAUCCCAGGACGACCUGCAUUUUUGUCCAUUCGGGUGUCCCGUUGUGUUUCGCAGCGCAGACAUCCCCUCAACGCACUACGAAUGUCCGGAGUGCAGGAUGGAGCUGUGUGCAAGAUGCGCGCAACCAGUGCAUUGUGGUACCACAUGUCCAUAA